GUGGUCUUUGCACUACUUGUAAUGAGCUAGGGUAUGAGGUUUUUGAAGAACUCAAAUCAUUAAUUGAUACUAAAAUUAAAAAUACUGAGCUUAAGAGGUAUGUCAAAUUUGGCUAUGAUAUAAACUCUGGUGAAGAUAUUGAAGAAGCGAUAAAGGAUCUAGCAGGAACACAUGUUGCUUAUUUAGAGCCAAAUCGUAAUCAACGCAAUAAUGAUACAGCACUAGGCACAAUAGCGGGAAUUCAGAACUGGCAUGAAUGGUCUUGGUUUAAUAAUGAGACCGAAGCGGGAUGCAUUUAUACAAGGCCUUUACCCAGAAUUGGCCCAUAG